UAGAAUAAAAGGACAAUUUUAAAGCGGCGAUUGCGAAAUACCAGUGCCGCGAUGCUAGAAAUCCAUUAACCACUUCCCCAAGAAAUAGAAGAGCCAUCAACUGGAGGAGGGCAAUUUGUACAAGCACAAGAAAAGCGCUCCAUCAAUCGCUUCUUCCAAGUUUUAUAAAUAAUUUUUUUAAUAUUUUCAUUAGACUUUCAUUGAUUUCUCUGUUGAGCACACGGAGUGACAAACAAAGGCAAUGGUGAGGGCAUACACACAAGAAUACACAUACAAGCACCCAUGGGAGCGGGUGACUUCUGCAUCGUGGAAAAAAUUUGCUGAUGCUGAAAACAAACGCACACUAUCACAUAUCCUUGAAGUUGACACGCUGAACCACAAGCUUGAUCCCAGCACAGGAAAGCUUUACACCACACGUGUUAUCACUGUCCAUGCGCCAGGACCAUGGUUUGUCCGCAAAAUUGUUCGCCAGGAUGUCUGCCACUGCGUUGAGUCAACAGUUGUGGAUGCGCAAGCACGAUCAAUGCAACUCGCCACCAAUAAUAUUAGCCUCGAAAAGUUUAUAGAGGUGGAGGAGAAGAUCAGGUAUGAUCCCCACCCUGAGAACCCAAAUGGCUGGACAUUAUGCCGACAGGAGACUAGCAUUCGAAUCAAGCCUUUAUCAGCAUUGGCAUCAAUGGCAGAAAAGGUUGAACAACGCUGCGCUGAGAAGUUUGUGCAGAACAGUGCCAAGGGUAGAGAGGUUAUGGAGAAGAUAUGCAAGUAUCUUGAAGCUGAAUCUAAAGGGAUUUCUUUCUAACUUGAACCGGAUUUUGUAGUGCUAGAUCAUGGGCUUGUGAACCCUUUCAAAGUAGAAAAUAAUCGAAGACGGAAAUUGUAGAACCGUGGACAAUUUCUCCUCGAAUCUCUGUCAGUCGAAAUUUUGUUACCGUAAAGUAUUUGUUGUGAACUUCAGUUCUGCAUUACUUUACAUGUAGUUUUUGUAGUUUUGUUCUUGUGUAUGAUGAUUUACCCAAUCUCUCUUGUUCAUUGUUUACAAUUCAGAAGUUAUCUAAUUUUCGCUUGUGAAUUA